GAAAAAGACUCUCUUUUUCUUCUUCCUGCAAUUACGAUAAUGGCAAUCGAGGAUCAAGAGAACACAAUCCGUGAAAUCAAGCCUAAGAACAGAAGAAUCAUGGGAGCUGGUGGACCGGAGGAAGAAGAGAACCGGUGGCCGCCGUGGCUGAAACCUUUGCUUAAAGAGCAGUUCUUUGUUCAUUGCAAGUUUCAUGGAGACUCUCAUAAGAGUGAAUGCAAUAUGUAUUGCUUAGACUGCACCAAUGGCCCGCUUUGCUCUCUUUGUCUUGCUCAUCACAAGGAUCAUCGCACCAUUCAGAUAAGGAGAUCUUCUUAUCAUGAUGUUAUAAGGGUGAAUGAGAUACAAAAGUAUCUUGAUAUAGCUGGGAUCCAAACAUAUGUGAUCAAUAGUGCUAAAGUCGUCUUCUUGAAUGAGAGGCCUCAGCCUAGGCCCGGGAAAGGUGUAACCAAUACCUGCAAGGUUUGCUAUCGUAGCCUCGUCGAUGAUAGCUUCCGCUUCUGCUCUCUUGGCUGCAAGAUUGCUGGAACAUCAAGAGGCUUCGAAAAGGGUAGGGAGAACCUUUUGAUGGAAACAGAGGAUUCAAGUAGCAGCAUUGCAAUUGGGAAGAACAUAACAAAUCUCCAGAGUUUCAGCCCAUCAACACCUCCACUUACUAGUAAUUGCAGAAUCGUCAAGCGAAGAAAGGGAAUUCCUCACCGAUCUCCGAUGGGAUAAGAACCGAUAAGAAAGAAGCUUUUGCCACUUGCCAGUUUCUUCAUCUAUAAGAUUACACACAAAGGGUUUAGCUAAUACAGAGACUUCUUCUGUCUCUUCUCUUUCCUCGUAUACCAAAGAAAUGGUCUUUUGCUUG